CUCCAGGCUGGGGCUACGGGGAGGAGGAGGAGGGACCGCGAGAGGAGGAGGGGCUGAGAGGGAGCGGGCCGGGGUGGGAGGGGGGCGGGGGCCGGGGGCGAAGUGACCAGGCGGUGGCGGCGUCUCUGCCGAGGUGACAAUGUGCUAGGAGCCCUCGCUCGGUCUCCCGCGCCUCCUCGGCCUUGGCGCCCGCUCUCGAGGAACCCUCCAGCCCGCCGCUGCGCUAUGAGGGCGCCUCUCCGGGGCUGGCCGAGGCCGGAGCCGGCUCGCUCUGCUCCCGGGGAAGUGUGAGCAGAGAGGCGCGGGCGGGAAGCGGGGCUGCGCGCGGCGCUCGCGGGCCGGCGCGGGUUCCAGGUGAGCGCGGGCUCGGCGUGCCCCACACUCCUCGCAGCCGGCCGGCACCUGCCGGGUUGGGUCGGAGGCUGAAUUCCGUGCGUGGACCGCCGUUCCCUCUUCGCGGGAUCCCUGGCCACGACAGCAGAUGCAUUUUGUAGGAGUAUUCUGAGGAUGAAUGUUUGCAAAUCAUUCUGAAAUUGCCAAGUGCCACAUACAUGGGAUGCACCCUGCUUUUAUCCGAGAGUUCAGCUCUGUGGCUUGGAUUUAUCGCAGCCGUGUCUGUCUUUGAUCUCCGUGUUAACUAGAAGUCAAGGGAAGACAUGAGGAGGUUUGUUUACUGCAAGGUGGUUCUCGCCACUUCACUGAUGUGGGUUCUCGUGGAUGUCUUCUUACUCUUGUACUUCAGUGAAUGUAACAAAUGUGAUGACAAGAAGGAGCGGUCCCUGCUACCUGCGCUCAGGGCUGUUAUUUCAAGAAACCAAGAAGGGCCAGGAGAAAUGGGAAAGGCUGUGCUGAUUCCUAAAGAUGACCAGGAGAAAAUGAAAGAAUUGUUUAAAAUCAAUCAGUUUAACCUUAUGGCCAGUGAUUUGAUUGCCCUUAACAGAAGUCUGCCGGAUGUAAGAUUAGAAGGAUGCAAGACAAAGGUCUACCCUGAUGAACUUCCAAACACAAGUGUAGUCAUUGUAUUUCAUAAUGAAGCUUGGAGCACUCUCCUCAGAACUGUUUACAGUGUUAUAAAUCGGUCCCCACACUAUCUGCUCUCUGAGGUCAUCUUGGUAGAUGAUGCUAGUGAAAGAGAUUUUCUCAAGUUAACAUUAGAGAAUUAUGUGAAAAAUUUAGAAGUGCCAGUAAAAAUUAUUAGAAUGGAAGAGCGCUCUGGGUUAAUACGUGCCCGCCUUCGAGGAGCAGCUGCUUCAAAAGGACAAGUCAUAACUUUCCUGGAUGCACACUGUGAAUGCACAUUAGGAUGGCUAGAGCCCUUGCUGGCAAGAAUAAAGGAGGACAGGAAGACAGUUGUAUGCCCCAUCAUUGAUGUGAUUAGUGAUGACACCUUUGAAUACAUGGCUGGAUCAGACAUGACUUACGGGGGUUUUAACUGGAAACUGAAUUUCCGUUGGUAUCCUGUUCCCCAAAGAGAAAUGGAUAGAAGGAAAGGAGACAGAACAUUACCUGUCAGGACCCCAACUAUGGCUGGUGGCCUAUUUUCUAUUGACAGAAACUACUUUGAAGAGAUAGGAACUUACGAUGCAGGAAUGGAUAUCUGGGGUGGAGAGAAUCUUGAAAUGUCUUUUAGGAUUUGGCAGUGUGGAGGCUCACUGGAGAUUGUGACUUGUUCCCAUGUUGGUCACGUUUUUCGGAAGGCAACUCCCUACACGUUCCCUGGGGGCACUGGUCAUGUCAUCAACAAGAACAACAGGAGACUGGCAGAAGUUUGGAUGGAUGAAUUUAAAGAUUUCUUCUAUAUCAUAUCCCCAGGUGUUGUCAAAGUGGAUUACGGAGAUGUGUCAGUCAGAAAAACACUAAGAGAAAAUCUGAAGUGUAAGCCCUUUUCUUGGUACCUUGAAAACAUCUAUCCGGACUCCCAGAUCCCAAGACGUUAUUACUCACUUGGAGAGAUAAGAAAUGUUGAAACAAAUCAAUGUUUAGACAACAUGGGCCGCAAGGAAAAUGAAAAAGUGGGUAUUUUCAACUGUCAUGGUAUGGGAGGAAAUCAGGUAUUUUCUUAUACUGCUGACAAAGAAAUCCGAACCGAUGACUUGUGCUUAGAUGUUUCUAGACUCAAUGGACCUGUAAUCAUGUUAAAAUGCCACCAUAUGAGAGGAAAUCAGUUAUGGGAGUAUGAUGCUGAGAGACUCACCUUGAGACAUGUUAACAGUAAUCAAUGUCUAGAUGAACCUUCUGAAGAAGACAAAAUGGUGCCUACCAUGCAGGACUGUAGUGGAACCAGAUCUCAACAGUGGCUGCUAAGGAACAUGACUCUGGGGGCCUGAAGACCAUUUCCCCUAAGCCAUGAAAGUGUCUACACUUAUGUUUUUCCAUUAUUUCAAUUAGGGGAAAAUAUUAACUUUGUUGAAUUGAAAGUUUUAAAAAUCCUUUUAGUAUUCUAAAACAGUUGUUUAUAAUUCAUUUUUAGGAAUGUUUGCUUACUUCCCUACUAAAAUUUGUAUCUGAUUAAAAAGCACAUAAAAAGAAUAAAUAACAGCAAACUGUUAUUAAACAUCA